AUGCGAACUAUAUCCUCGCUCGACUCGCCGCCUGUUCACCUCCAGAUGCCUCCUGCCACCAUCACCGACAGUCAUGUCCACCUCGCUCCACCGUUAACCCACCAUGAUUUAUCUCGCUCACCGUCUCCACAGUCGGAUCUCAGCUUACUCGUCUCUGAUCGCCACCACCCUCCUCUGCACUCUGCAGACCCUGCCAUUUUACACGCCACGGAUCCAUCUGGACGUACGGCGUUGAGUGUCCACUCCCUACUGACGGGUCCUCAUCAGGCGCCCUCGAACACUAGGACGCAGACGACCUGGUCUUCACCUAUGCCUCCGCCGCCUCCCCCGCGCGACGGCAAUGCAGUCCCUGGUCCUUCUACCCCCACACAACGACCUAACAAACGCAGGCUGGACGCGUCUGACGGUGAGGACCCGGCCUCCAAGAUUAGACGCGUCGUGCGAGACCACGUUACGCAGGACCCUGCUCGUGUGCUACCAAUGACGACAGUUCUUUGUCUGCACGCUGCAGUUGCUCAGAAGUCGUACGGGACUGAGAAGCGCUUCCUGUGCCCGCCUCCUGUCGUUCAUAUCGAAGGACCAGACUGGCACCUAAAACAGCAGCAGCUUUCCAUGGCGGUGGUGUCCGAGGGAGGUGAUCGAGGCUGCGAACAGAAGGCCCCCCUCGAUCAUAACCUGACCGCCAGCUUCAAAUUUCUGCACGUGAACGGUACUGCUAAGGCGAAGAGCUUCCAACUCUCUCUGGACAUUGCUGAACCACCACCUCCUGUACAGGAAGGAAGCGAUCCUGGUCGUGGGCGAGUCUGGGCAUCAUUUGAUUCUGCGCCCGUCACUAUCAUCUCAAAACCAUCGAAGAAGACGGCGAAGACACGCAACAUCUCGUCAUGCAUCCUUGCGGGGGGACCCGUCUCCCUAUUUAAUCGCAUCAAUUCUCAGACCGUACGAACUAAAUAUAUGACUGUUGACAACAGUCAAUUAUGCGCUAGCAAUGUUUCCUGGUCAGCAUUCAACGUCAAUGUCAUUCGUUCUACAGCGUCCCCGCUGCCAGAAUCUCACGUCGCAGGAGGGCCUCAGCCCGUGACAUACGGGAGCGAGGUUGUAUUGGCGGAUACGGUCUCCGGGACACAAACCGCUCCUCUCAUAAUUCGUAAGGUGGACAAGGGUAGGAUCGUGCAAGACGAUAACGGUCCUGUGAGCCAGAUGCAGAAGGUCGCUUUGCAAAGGAAGGAUGAUGACGGCUCAAGACAGUACUUGUCUGCGGCUGGCCCGAUGCCCGGGACACCUGGUACUGUUGUACCGCCUACGCCAGGGUUAUCAAACCAAGCUGGUUCCCAUCCUCUACUGUUCCAAGCACCCCGCUCACGCGAAGAGAUAAGAGACGGAGGAUUGAGCUUCAUGUACGACGAAGUGGAUGACUACCUCUGCUGGACGAUUGUCGGGAUUUCAAAGUUCCAGUACACUUUUUUUGACGCGCUUGGUCAGAACAGCACCAUCCCGGACCUCCCCAUUACCCCUUUCCCUACACUGUUUUCGGCGCCGCUUUAUCGCACACAAAGCCAUACGAUGGAACUCACCGCAUCUAAUUUCUUCUAUGAAAAUCCAAAAACGAGAACGCAGUUACCCCUCGACAUAUAUAUUGGCAAUAUCGGACCUCUGCGCUUUCGUAUAUAUCCGCCACCAGAUCCUGAGACAUCGAUGGGAAGUGCUCAUAAUGUGUUUAUGCAGCCUCCGACUGAACCAACACAUGGUCCGAAUGGAGAGCCGCUUCCUCCCUUCGUCCCGAUGUUUAUUCCUACUGCUGCACGCUACAUGCCUAUGGGAGCGACGCAUACUAUCCUCAUAGUGGAGAUGCCCCCCAUCAACAAUAUUCUCAAAUCGUUGAUGGAAGACGCGUUGUCUACGGAGGAGAGCGACGGCGAAUCCCCUAGAAGCGGAGAGGCGACAUCGGCUGGCCAGCGAAAGGUGGAUGCCAGCUCGAUUAUUGGACGGAGCCUUCCUAUACUCUUCAUUCGCUCGUUCGAUGGCGUUGGAUAUCAUUCUGGCCGGGCGGUGCAGGCUGAAAACGUGUUCCAGAAUAUUGAUCUGAGUGGCCCAAAUCCUGCGACAAGUGCUAUGGACCCGAGUUGGAUUUCGGCGGCGCACCACGCAGCGUCUACUGUCGACGGGGGAUUGCACGGAUGGACGAUCCGAGUGAUCUGA